UAAGAUUAAACUAACUUACAAAAUUAACUUUUUAGUAAGAUAUAGUAGCGUGUUUUAAGUAAAUAAUUCCUUAAUUUAGAUUAAUAAUACUAAUUCCACAGCAGAUUAUUUCACUUUUAUCACAGUAAAAAUAUCUUGUUAGAAGUAAAUUAAUCUAAAAGUGGAGCCAGUAUUUUUCAUUGAUCUAAAGGAAUUAUUUUCCUAAAACAAGCUCCUGCAUGUUGCUCAAAAGUUACUUGUAAAUUAGUUUUCUUAUUGCUAGCGUACGAAGAUAUUUGCAGAUGGAAGAGACUUGGUAAGAUUUAACAUUUCUGUAGUGAAGAUGUGUGGUUUUUAAAACUCCUGAUUCGCUCAGCAGAUGGCUCGAAUUAGCUGGUUUGUACCAAAGAUACGUAAUGAAAAUGAUUGUUCAGUUUUAGCAAGAGGACUCUGGAUAUUAGCAUCGCAACGUUGGCCUGCAUUCACAGUUAAGCAGUUUGUAAAACGGUUUAAGGAGCCGCAUGUGUGUCAGUGUUUCUCAAACCAACUUACAGUAUGUUCCACUUUAUUUCAAGAAUACAAAAUUGAACUCUUUGUGAUCUAAAAAAAAAAAACCACUCUGGGUACACUUUUAAAGGUGCUGUUUGCCAUUAGUGAUGUAUUUUGCUGGUACCGUUUAUUUUGCACUUCUGCAUUGCUUCCUGCUGGGGAAGGUACCGCCGCUCCAUGUUUUCAUCCUUCAUCGUUGUCGUGCCACCGACUCGGCAGCUCCUGCACAGUCCGCUCAUCCAACUAGCUAGCUAGCAAACACUGAUGGCACUCUAGUCUUCAAUUCAUAUUCAGGCUUAUUAUCCCAUGUGUGAAUUUCUACAUUACACAAAAACGUCCAGAAUACAAUCCUGUCGUGAAACGCACAGCUAUACUGUCUAACGGCCCUGAACUUUUUAGAUAAAUGAAUACACUUUAGUGUAUGUAUAUAUACUGUAUCAUUUAAAGAUUCUGUGUAAUGUUUGGAGAAAAUUAUUGAAUUAAAAAAAGACAGUCCAGUGAUUUUUGAAACAAACUGGUGUCUUUGUUUAUAGAAUGCUCUUGUUUCCCGUUUUUGAAAUGUUUGUAGGGCUGCAGAGUGGAGCAGGUUCAGCAACACCACAAGGAAAACCAGGUUCCCGCUCCAGGACCCGGCCCGGCUGCAGCAGUGGGUGAGGAAUAUGGGCCGGGAGAACUGGACUCCUUCUCGACACCAGUACAUCUGCCACGAACAUUUCUCCCCGUCGUGCUUCAAGGUGCGCUGGGGGAUCCGCUACCUCGACGCCGACGCCGUGCCGACGGUCUUCCCGGAUACCGAGAAACGGAAAGCGUCGGACGACAGCGAGAGGAAGCCGAAGCGCCUGAGAGCCCAAAGCUUCACCGUGUCGGCGGACGGGACCACGGCCGACCAGACGGUCCGCCUGCUUGAGCUCGCCGCCGCCGCGUCGCCGCAUGGAGAAACCGGUCCGAUGGAGGCGAGCGCGGGUUCUCUGCAGACAGGAGUGGACCAGGCCGAUGGAGUCGCUUCGGGUUUGAACUUUCCACUGACCCUCUACCAGACAGCAGACGGCCUGAUGAGCGAUGCAGGCGCCGCGGAGCUGCUGAUGAUGUCAGAAGGCGCCGCAGAGGACGGCCAGGUGGAGCUGGUGAACGGAAUCACGGCUGCCAUCUUAAGCCAGGGCGGCGUGCUGGUCCUCAACGAGGCGGUGCCCGAUCCGGACCUCGCGUCCUUCGCAGGCGAAGACAUCUCGCAGGAAGUGGUGGCUUACUUUGAGACGGUACCCAACGGUCUCCCCGGCGGGACGUCGGCCCGGGUCACCUCCCCCCCCGACACGGUGCUGUCGCCGGCGCUGAGCUCCAAGCCCAUCUCGUCCACUCUGCCCAUCGUGUCCAAACACGUCCCAACAUUGCCGCCGCCGCCGCCAUCGCUCGUCCUCACACUGGAGCGGCUGGACGAAGCGGAGGACGGGGACGCCAUGACGGACACGGAGGAGACGGAGAGGGACGACCAGCAGCUGGAGGAGCACUGCUACCACAAGAACAGCUUGAGUAAGGAGCAGCUGGAGGCGAUCGUGGCCGAGCUGCAGAAGAAGGUGAAGGUGCUGCAGCAGCGGCACCGCCGGCACCUGGAGAAGCUGCUGGGGCUGGAGAACACCGUGAGCCAGCUGAGGCAGAGCAACAUGCUCAACGAGGAGCGACUGCAGCUGCUGGAGAGGGCGUAUUUGCAGACGAGUGCAUCUGUGUCGGACGCCGGUGAGACUGUCGCCAUCAUCUACGGAGACGACGACGCUGCGUACUUUUACACUCCACUGAGCGACGAUGCAGGGGUGGCGUUGAAUACAGACGAGAAAUGAAAUGACUGGAUAUUCUGUUUGUGUCUGUGCCAAACAAUUAACUAAAGAGGCUAAUUUUGUUGUUUUCCAUAAUCAGAACUUUAUACAUGAUCAAAAUAAGGUGAUUUCUUCCUUCUGCUGUGAAUAAUGAAUAACGGGGCAAUACUGAAUGUUUUUGUUACGGUCUUUGCUUCCUACUCCAGCUCUUGUUUGACUUUUCUUUGCUUAUUAAUUUAUUUUUUAAAUAAAUUCAUGAAAAUGUACAGAUCAUUAAAAAUAAAUUUACAAAAAGUC